AUGGACGUGUUGAACGGGCCUUCGCUUCGCCUUCGUGGCGCGGGCAGCUUUGAACUCAAAACAGAAUUGAACCUGUGUACCAGCGUCAUGUCGCCGGAAACCCAGAGACUCCUUCCGCCCACCUCUGAGACGAUUAUGACGAAACCCUUCCCUAUACGAGGUGAACGUGCUAACUAUGUGAACAUUCCUCAUGUAAUUGCAAUGGUCGGGCUGCCUGCUCGGGGCAAGACCUACAUCUCAAAAAAGCUCUCACGAUAUCUUAAUUGGAUAGGCAUUAACACCAGGGUAUUUAAUCUAGGCGAGUAUAGACGUCACGCGACCACCGCGUACACGAGCCAUGAGUUCUUCCGAGCGGACAAUAAAGAGGCAAUGGCGAUACGGCAGCAAUGUGCGCUGGAUGCCUUGCAUGAUGUCUGCGAGUGGCUGGUCAAAGGAGGAGAGGUGGCUGUGUUUGAUGCAACCAACUCGACCAUGGAGAGACGGAGGAUGAUCCGUGACAUCGUUGUUCACAAAAUGGGCUUCAAGUUGUUCUUCGUGGAAUCCAUUUGCGACGAUCCACGGAUCAUCGAACAGAAUAUAAUGGAGGUUAAAGUGAGCAGUCCCGACUACACAAACAUACAGAACACAGACAACGUCCUAAACGAUUUCCUACUAAGAAUAGAACAUUAUAAAGAAAAAUAUGAACCGUUAGAAGAAACUUUAGAAUCUGAAUGCAGUUUUAUGAAAAUUUAUGACACCGGGGAGAAGGUGGUGGUUCAUAAACAUGAAGGACAUAUACAGAGUCGAAUUGUGUAUUAUUUGAUGAAUAUUCACAUCGUACCUCGAACUAUAUAUUUAACAAGGCACGGGGAGAGCAUGCACAACCUGGAGGGGCGCAUCGGCGGCGACAGCUCGCUGUCGGCGCGUGGCGUGCAAUACGCGGGCGCGCUGGCCGCCUACAUCGAGCAGCAGAGCAUCCCCGGCCUGCGCGUGUGGACCUCGUGGAUGCGCCGCGCCAUACAGACGGUCAAGGACGUGCGCGCGCCGCAGGAGCGCUGGAAAGCGCUCAACGAGAUUGAUGCGGGCAUAUGCGAAGAGAUGACGUACGCGGAGAUCCAACAGAAGUACCCGUCGGACUUCAACGCGCGGGACGCCAACAAGUUCGCGUACAGAUACCCGCGGGGGGAGAGCUACGAGGACCUGGUGGCGCGGCUGGAGCCCGUCAUCAUGGAGCUGGAGAGGCAGGGGAACGUGCUGGUGGUGUCGCACCAGGCGGUCAUGAGGUGUCUUCUGGCGUACUUCCUGGAUAAGUCUGCUGAUGAGCUCCCGUACCUGCACGUGCCGCUGCACACGGUGAUCAAGCUGACGCCGGUCGCGUACGGCUGCCGCGAGGAGCACAUCACGCUCUCCGUGGACGCCGUCGACACGCACCGCCCCAAGCCUGCUGUGAUACCAGCUCCGCCUAUAAAGCCGCCAGUCCCUCUGAUACUCAACGGUGAGAUGCCCGGUGGGAACAAGGAAAAUUACAAUAAU